AUGGCAGCGGUGGAGACUGGCCAAUGGUGUCCGUCUCGCCUAACUUCCGCACCGGUCGUGGCCGAGUCCAAUUCUAGCCCAGCAUCAUUCCAGUCGCAAUCUUCCACGUCGGAUCCAGAGUUGGUGGUUUUCAGAAGGUCCGGUCAGAUGCCCAACAAAUGCAUACUUUUUCAUCGGCUCUCGAGAUCGCCUUCACAUGCUGAGUUGAGCUGCGCAAGCGUCAACUUCUCCACGGCCCUGACGACCGUUGUUCCUCGUCUCGCCCGGCCUGAAUGCACGAGUCCACCGCGCAACUCGUUGAUGCUGGAGAGUUCGACUCGUGAAUCUGACCUCGACAUGUUCGUCCGAGGCGGUGCUCGUUGUUCCUGUAUCAGCCUCUCCGUCUCCCAUUCCCCUAGCCAUCUACCGGGGCAGUGGAGGGAGUUGCGCUUUCCUGUUGCCGUAUUGCAGCAAUCUUUACGCCCUGCCCGCACACCCCCACGCAUGAUUGAAAGAGGGUUGAGCAUUUCCAACCGAGGGCGGUGGUCAUUUAUGUCCCCUCCAGAUCCUGGAAGCCGGUUGGCCAGGCAAUACGACAAGAUGAGGGUAAAAGACGGAGCAUUUGAGGUGUUUGGGACCGGUAGAGUGCGGGUUUGCUCGGUUAAAGUGGGGCUCUCCCGACCCCCCGACACCCCAAGUCUCAGCCAAGCCUCGCGGACGUGUCACCAUCCCGGCACCGUAGCUUUCUUACACAAA